AUGCUGAGGAAGUGUCUUCACCCUACAGAGGAGUUAGUGGCUAGGAUUCCAGAGGAUCUUCAGCCAGAUUUGACAGUGCCGGCAGUGCCUGUGAGGAUUUUAGAGAGGAGGGAAAAGGUUCUGAGGAACAAGAGGAUUCCCUUACUGAGGAUUUUGUGGGAUUGCAGUGGUUCUACAGAGGAGACUUGGGAGCCAGAGGCAAAGAUGAAGUUGAAGUUCAGGAAGUGGUUCGACAAGCAGGUCGAGGAUGGUUCUCUGGCAGACUCAUCUGAGUGUAGUGGCCUCAGUAUGAGUGACUUAGCUGAGUGUAGUGGCCUCAGUAUAAGUCGUGGCUGA